AUGACAUCUAGUGACGUCAACCAUAUCGAUGCUACGGACAAGAUUGAUGUAUACGCCGUCGUUUCAAUCGACGGCGACACUACUCAAAAGAAGCAAUCAGCCAAAACACCCAUUGAUUACGACGGUGGUCCAAAUCCGACAUGGAAUCACACUGUAAAGUUCUCCGUCAACGAGAGAGAAGCAAACGAAGACCUAUUAAUCGUAAAAGUCAAGUUAUAUAGCUAUUGGCUAGAACAUGAGAAUGACCUUUAUAUGGGAGAAGUCAACGUCUCGGUUCAUGAGCUUCUUGCUUCAAAUCCGCUUCCACCGUUUGUUAACGGUAACGUCAAUAAAAUGAAGUCAUUGACUUACCCUCUCAAACUCAUAGGAGAAACAAAACCAAAUGCAAAGUUGAGCCUCUCGUACCGUUUCAAACCAGUACCGGUUCAUGACCUGUAUCCUCAGCCUUCAGCACCACCGGUUUACUUGUCACGUUUUAGUCAACCCAUUUACACAAACCCGGAUCCAGCAAUAUUAGGUCAGUCCAUCAUUUAUGCUCCUCAGGUUCAGACCACUGGUCAAGCCACUACAAGGACGAAACUAACCUUAGAGCUCGUGCUCAUAUAUGCUAAGGACAUAAGAAAUGUCAAUGUCUUCGAUGACAUGGACGUAUAUGCUUCUAUUAUGAUCCGUUGGGGCAAGGAAACAAUCAAGCAUAACACCAAAACCCCUAUCGCAUAUUCCGGCUUUAAAUCCCCAACUUGGAAUAACGCCGUCAAGUUUUCGCUCGACGAGGAGGAGGCAGCUCGAGAAGACCGUUUCACACUCAUCGUCGAAUUGAUGAGCCACCGGCCACUGAUGGGAGAUAAGCAUAUUGGAAAAGUACAAGUACGGAUUCAAAAACUUAUUGAUUCAAACCAGCCGCCUCGGCUAAAUGACGUCGAUGCUAUCGGUAUGAAGUUAGUGACACACAAGGUGACUGUUCCUAAAGGGGUAAAAGGAUUCCUAACCUUCAAAUAUAGGUUUCUUAAGGAGCAAGUUAUGAGUCCAAUUGUUCCAGACACAAAACCCCAACCAUAUAAUGUGUAUGUACCCGUCCCACAUCAGUCAUACGGUUCAGCAGAUCCGGUUCAUGAAACCCCGGGUUACAUGACUGUUCACCAAGGAGCAAAUGUUGGGACAAGUAAUGGUCUAAUGCCACUUUAUAUGCCGCCUCCAUAUCAACCACAUGGAUACCAACAAUAUUCACAACCGCAACCGCAUCUACCAUCACAAAAUCUGCAGCCUCAACCACAACCUCAUCAGCAGUUCUCCCUCGAUUCGCAAUCACAAAUGUAUCAGUACUCACAUGGAUACCAUCAAUAUUCACCAUCGCAACCUCAGAUGCAACCGCAACUGCUACACCCAAGACCACAAAUGAACGCACAAGGUGGGAGCAUGGGAGGACUAGGAUUAGGGGCAGUGGUUAUGGGACAAGUAAUAGGAGGAGCUUUAACGAGUGACAUGAUGUCCAACGAAGUGAAACAUAUAUGA